CAGCAAGAUGGCUGUUGCAGCCUUUAAAAGACCUGUUACUGGCGAGUACAGUGGGAAUAAGAGUAUGGAAAGAAAACCUUCUUCAAGGAGGCGUGUAUUUGUGCAGACUGAAACUGGUUGUGUUUUGGGUGUAGAAUUAGACGGGAGUGACAAUGCUCACACGGUGAAGAGGAAAUUGCAGCUGGCCCUAAAUGUUCCAAUAGAGGAAAGGUCAUUGGUUUAUGGGGAUAUGGUGCUUAAGAAUGAUCUCACUGCUGUCAGAAAUUGUUCUCCUCUUCUUCUCACCCGGAAUUUGAUGCACAGAAGCUCAUCGACACCAUGUCUCUCACCAACUGUUAAGGAUCUUCAACAGAAAGAUUUCAGUAAUCCAAUUGAGAUAUUAGGAUGCUCAAAUCAGUUGUCCUCUGCAGAACAGGUAGUGAAGGAUAUUGGGCAGGCAAUGGAGAUUGGUGUUGAUCCAAUUCCCGUCCGCAGUGGGCUUGGAGGGGCAUACUACUUUCGAAAUUGUGAUGGGGAGAACUGUGCGAUUGUAAAACCAACAGAUGAGGAACCUUAUGCUCCAAACAAUCCAAAAGGCUUUGUUGGCAAAGCUCUUGGACAACCUGGCCUGAAACGUUCCGUACGGGUUGGGGAGACGGGCUUUAGGGAAGUGGCAGCUUUUCUCCUUGACCAUGGUCAUUUUGCAAAUGUGCCCCCUACAGCCCUUGUAAAGGUCACGCACUCUAUUUUCAACAUUAAUGUUGGGGUGAAUGCAGGUAAGCAUCAAGAAAGAAAGGAGAUUAGUAAGAUUGCUUCAUUGCAACAGUUUAUCCCUCAUGAUUUUGAUGCCAGCGACCAUGGGACUUCAAGCUUUCCAGUUGCUGCUGUACAUAGGAUAGGGAUUUUAGACAUACGGAUUCUGAACACAGACAGACAUGCAGGAAACCUUCUUGUCAGGAAAACUGAUGGCACUGGGGGCUUUGGUCAGGUGGAGCUUAUUCCAAUUGAUCAUGGUCUUUGCCUUCCAGAAAAUUUAGAGGACCCAUAUUUUGAGUGGAUCCACUGGCCGCAAGCAUCUAUACCUUUUUCAGAGGAUGAACUCGAGUAUAUAAAGAGUCUUGAUCCAUUUAGAGACUCUGAAAUGCUUAGGAUGGAACUACCUAUGAUUCGAGACGCGUGCCUCAGGGUCUUGGUUCUUUGCACAAUCUUCCUCAAGGAAGCAGCUGCUUUUGGUCUCUGUCUUGCUGAGAUCGGUGAAAUGAUGAGCAGGGAGUUUCAAGGUGAUGAGGAAGAGCCCAGUGAACUUGAGCUCAUAUGCCUUCAGGCAAAGAGGCUGCUAAGGGAAAUUCCUUUUACCGUGGAAGUAGAAGACAAUGAGAAGUGUCAGUUUAACAUUGACUAUGAGGAAGAGGAAUUUUGCAUGGAAGAGGUUGCUUAUUGUAAAGGUAGAACCACUCAAAAUACACUUUUUAAGCUGGAUGAAAAUCCAGAGCAGGAGGCAGAAGAUGAGGGUGAUGUGAUAUGUUCAAGGGUUGAUGAUUAUGCAGGCUUGGGAAGGUCUCGGACUCCAACUGUUUCAAAGCUGUCCAUGACAAUGAAAAACAUCAGCAUUGGUGAAAGGAGUUGGCGCCAUGAGGGUGCAAUUCUUAAAAGUGGCUACUUGGCAGGUACAUCAUCCGGGAACAGGACUGUGAACGAGCAGCAGCCUGGAAGUAGUAGUUUUGUAAAGCUAGGAGAUAUGGAUGAAGAGGAAUGGGUGCAAUACUUAGAUGUUUUUAAGAAAUUGCUAUCCCCAUCCUUUGCCAAGCGUAAAUCUGGGGGUGUGGCUCAGAGACAGAGGCAGAGACUUGGAACUUCAUGUGACUUCUGAAAAGUUAGUAAUAUUAGACAGAUACUGGAAAAGACUCAGUAAGUUCUGGGUUUGUGAAAACCAGAAAAUAUAGUUGACUUUAAUAUCUGGUAUGUCCUAGAAGAUGGGACUUUGUUGAUGGUAACUACUCUUAGACAUUGUAGUUAUUAGUAUUUUCAAAUGAUGAAAACUCAGGUCAUCAACUGUUGGAGUUGGAAGAAUGGUACUGUUUCUUCAUCUCCGUUUUCUUUUUUUUUUUAAUUUUUUGUUUUGAUUAUCCCAUGUUUAAUGUUCGAGUAUGCUUAAUAUAAUAAGAAGGGGAAUGAAGUAUUAUACAUGA